AUGGCCAGCCGAACUACCGCCGGAGGACUUGGAUUUGCCGUCCGACAAAAGCAAGAUUCGAAAUUCAAUGAGGUGGAAGGUGAGAUGCUACUCAAGUGGAUCAAAGAGUUGUCGAAGGAAAACAUCAACACCUCCGGAGAUCGCGAUAAUUUCUUGAAUCUGCUCAAGGAUGGAACGCUCCUUUGCAAGUAA